AAUAAAUAAAUAAAUAAUACCAUUAUUAUGGCCUUCCUUGUUCCUUAUCUUUAUGCUCUUCUCUUGUUCCUCCAUUGGACCUCGCCCCAUUGCUGCUCCAUCCUAUUAUUCCCUUAAUUUAUUAAAAAAGAAAAACAAGAAAUAAGCCCCAUGCUGCUGUGAUUGGGCUCUGCGACGAAAGAAUAGGAGAAAGAUGAAAAGAGAUCACCAAGAAAGUUGCGGUGUUGGCGGUGGCAUUGCUGGGUAUGAUACUAAAUCUGGUAAUAAUAAAGGCGAAUCUUCGUCGUCAAUGGGGAAAGGAAAAUUAUGGGAAGAAGAGCAAGACCCUGGAGGUAUGGAUGAAUUGCUUGCUGUUUUGGGUUACAAGGUCCGGUCAUCGGACAUGGCAGAUGUUGCCCAGAAGCUUGAACAGCUUGAGAUGGUAAUGGGUACUGCCCAAGAAGAUGGGAUUUCGUAUCUUUGUUCUGAUACUGUACAUUAUAAUCCCUCAGAUCUCUCUGGUUGGGUUCAGAGUAUGCUGUCUGAGCUUAAUCCACCCAUGUGUCUUGACGCCUCUGGUAUGCUUCAAAAUCAACACGAUCCUGUUCUUGGUUCUUCCACAGUUACUUUCUCUAAUCCUCCAUCGCACAAAUCGGAAAUUUUUAGUGGUGAUUAUGAUUGCGAUCUUAGAGCAAUACCUGGUGUGGCUGCUUAUCCACAACCGGAUUCAAUAUCAGAAAGGGAAAAUAGCAGGAAGAGAAUGAAAACCUCACCUGGUUCUGAUACCAGUAAUGCUACCACCUCCAAUUCAAAUUCUACGCCGCCUCUCUUAGCUGAUGCUUCUUCUUCUUCGUUGUCAUCUUCCUCACCGCCAUCAACAAUUAUGAUUUCAGGCAAUUUAUCGGAGCCAAGUCGGCCGGUUGUCUUAAUUGACUCGCAAGAGACGGGAGUCCGUCUCGUACACACACUAUUGGCUUGUGCACAAGCAGUUCAACUGGAGAAUCUUAAGCUCGCAGAGGCGCUUGUGAAGCAUAUAGGCUUACUUGCGGCGUCUCAAGCUAGCGCUAUGAGAAAAGUGGCUACUUACUUUGCCGAGGCCUUAGCUCGCCGAAUUUACAAAAUCUACCCACAAGAAUGCCUCGAUCCUACGUAUUCUGAUGCUUUAGAGAUGCAUUUCUACGAGACCUGUCCCUACCUCAAAUUCGCCCAUUUCACAGCUAAUCAAGCAAUUCUCGAGGCUUUCGCCACUGCAAGUAGAGUUCAUGUGAUCGAUUUCGGUCUAAAGCAGGGGAUGCAGUGGCCGGCACUCAUGCAAGCGCUUGCUUUACGCCCAGGUGGGCCGCCGGCUUUUCGGUUAACCGGAAUUGGUCCACCGCAGCCUAACAACACGGACACUUUACAGCAAGUGGGUUGGAAGCUAGCGCAGUUAGCCGGGACUAUUGGCGUCGAAUUUGAAUUCCGCGGUUUUGUAGCCAACAGUUUAGCGGAUCUCCAGCCGGAAAUGCUCGACCUCCGGCCCCCGGAGGAGGAGACAGUCGCUGUUAAUUCCGUAUUCGAGCUUCACCGCCUCCUGGCUCGACCCGGUGGGAUUGAUAAGGUUCUUUCCUCCGUCAAGGCCAUGAAGCCCAAGAUUGUGACCAUUGUUGAACAAGAAGCCAACCACAACGGCCCGGUUUUUCUAGACCGGUUCACUGAAGCUUUGCACUAUUAUUCCAGUUUGUUUGACUCGUUAGAAGGGUCUGGGUUGGCUGUCCCGAGUCAAGACCUGGUCAUGUCCGAGUUAUACUUGGGGAGGCAAAUAUGCAACGUGGUGGCUUGCGAGGGGGCGGACCGAGUUGAGAGGCAUGAGACUUUGAGUCAUUGGCGAACUCGGAUAGAAUCGUCUGGGUUUGACCCAGUUCACCUGGGUUCGAACGCCUUUAAACAAGCAAGCAUGUUAUUGGCUCUAUUUGCAGGCGGUGAUGGGUAUCGAGUGGAGGAAAAUAAUGGGUGUCUGUUGCUCGGGUGGCAUACUAGGCCACUUAUUGCCACCUCGGCCUGGAAACUCGGUGGUUAGUAAUAAUAAUUCAACUCAAUCAGGUGGUGAGUUAAUGUUAGCGAGUCAGUGAAUCAAGUGUGUAAUUCUAGACCUUUUUAUCCUUUUUUUUUUUUUCUCCUUGUUUUUCUUAAUGUAAUCUUAGAAUUUUUUUUUUAUAUAAAUUUUUUAAUGAA